AGGACACGACGACUUCCAAAGAAAACGACUACUAGAAGUGUAACAAGAGCCGCAAAAGAAAAAGCUGCUGCAGAAGCUGCUGCUCAAACAGAAGCUGCUUCAUUAACUUAUGAGAUAGAAACUGAAGUUACAUAUGAAGCAGAAAUAACGGAUGUUUCCUCACAAAUGGAACUUGAACAAGAAGGAGAAGAUGUUGAUAGUACAAAUACUUCAACACAAAUGGAAGUAGAAGAACCUGACAAUGAUAAUAAUUCUUUACAAAUGGAUCUUGAUACUUCCAUUACUUUUGAACAACCACCCUUAACAACACAAAAUAUGUCCAAUAUAGCUAUUGAUUCCGAAGCUUCAACUACUUUUACCCCUACUCCUUCUAAUACUUCUUCUUCAUCAGAAACAUUUUCACCUUUUGGAAGCAGUUUUCCUACUCCAACUAAUUUACACCUUGUAAGAAAACCUUUUAAGAACCCACAUUAUAAAACUCCAAAAAAAUUCAAAACCCUUAAACAAAUUUUAGCUGCUGAAAGAAACUUAAAUACUCCUUUAGAUGUACCAACUUAUUCGAAUAUAGAAGCACCACCUUCAAUUAGACCUCAAAAGAAAUAUUGCGACAUUACAGGAUUAGAGGCUAAAUAUACGGAUCCAAAAACGCGUCUUCGAUAUCAUUCUGCCGAAGUUUAUAAAGAAAUUAAACAAUUGGCACCCGGUGUUAUUCAAGAUUAUCUUGGAUUAAGACAUGCUGCAGUCGUAUUAAGAUAAUCAUUAUUUAAUUUAGAUUCAAAAGGACAAAUAAUUUAAUCUCUUUAAUAACUUCAAUAUUUGAGGACCUUUUUAUAUAGUAAAAUAAUAUAAUAUAAAUAUUUUUUGUUAUGGAAUAUAUAAAUAUUAAAAAGAAAAGUUGGUUGAUUAUAUAUUUUUCUAUAUAUUACAAUGCUUUUCUAUUACACUUUGUACAAAGUAUGAUAUAUAUAUAUAUAUAAAAUA